AUGUUAGGUUUUCAGCGAAGGAGUUUGGGUACUCUGCGACUACUGAUCUCGCUUCUGCUUCUGGCAGCCUGGGAGGCAGGGAGUGGCCAGCUCCACUAUUCCAUCCCGGAAGAGGCUAAACAUGGCACCUUUGUGGGCCGCAUCGCUCAGGACCUAGGGUUGGAACUGGAAGAGCUGGUGCCCCGUUUGUUCCGGGUGGAGUCCAAGGGCCGCGGGGACCUUCUGGAGGUAAAUCUGCAGAAUGGCAUUUUGUUUGUGAAUUCUCGGAUCGACCGGGAGGAGCUGUGCGGGCGGAGCGCGGAGUGUAGCAUCCACCUGGAGGUGAUCGUGGACAGACCGCUGCAGGUUUUCCAUGUGGAGGUGGAGGUGAAAGAUAUUAAUGACAACCCGCCAACGUUCUCUCUCAGAGAACAAAGCCUGCUGAUUUCUGAAUCUAAGCAGCCAGACUCGCGAUUUCCGCUAGAGGGAGCUUCUGAUGCGGAUAUAGGCGAGAAUGCUCUAUUGACCUACAGACUAAGUCAAAAUGAGUAUUUUACUUUAGAAUCACCAACGAAUAGUAAGCCGACUAAAAGACUAUCGCUUAUAUUAAAGAAGCCACUGGACAGAGAGAAAACUCCGAAGCUUAAUUUGCUACUGACUGCCACAGAUGGAGGGAAACCAGAACUCACAGGCACCCUUCAGCUCUUGGUCUCUAUCUUGGAUGUUAACGACAAUGAUCCGGAGUUUGAUCAAUUAGAAUACAAGGUGAGAAUGAUGGAAAACAUUGCUAAAGAAACUCUUGUGAUAAAGUUAAACGCCACCGAUCGAGAUGAAGGAGUAAACGGGGAAGUAACAUACUUCUUAAUGUCAAUUAAGCCCAAUGGAAAACUCUUAUUUACACUAGAUGAAAAUAAUGGAGAAGUGAGGGUCAAUGGAACUUUAGAUUAUGAAGAAAAUAAGUUUUAUGAAAUUGAAGUGCAGGCCACAGAUAAGGGUAAUCCCCCAAUGGCAGGUCACUGUACAGUCUGGGUAGAAAUCGUAGACACCAAUGAUAAUGCUCCUGAAAUUACUGUGACUUCUCUGUCCCUCCCAGUACGUGAGGACACUCGGCCAACCACAGUCAUUGCGUUGAUAAGCGUAUCCGACCGCGACUCCGGUGUCAACGGCCAGGUGACCUGCUCUCUGACGCCGGAUGUUCCCUUCAAGAUUGUGUCCACUUUCAAAAACUAUUAUUCACUGGUGUUGGACAGUGAUCUGGACCGAGAACAAGUGUCAGCAUAUAAUUUGGUCGUGACUGCACGAGACGGGGGCUCGCCUUCGCUGUGGACCACAGCCAUUGUGUCGGUGGAAGUGGCCGACGUGAACGACAAUGCACCUGCGUUCCCACAGUCUGAAUACACCAUAUUCGUGAAGGAGAACAAUCUGCCAGGCUCCCACAUCUUCACGGUAUCCGCUCGAGACGCGGACACGCAAGAAAAUGCGCUGGUAUCCUACUCUCUAGUAGAGCGGCGGGUGGGCGAGCGUGCGCUGUCGAGCUACGUGUCGGUGCACGCUGAGAGUGGCAAGGUAUAUGCACUGCAGCCCUUGGACCACGAAGAGCUUGAAUUGCUGCAGUUCCAAGUGAGCGCGCGCGACGCUGGUGUGCCGCCACUCGGUAGCAAUGUGACUCUGCAAGUGUUCGUGCUGGACGAGAACGACAACACGCCUGCGCUGCUGCCUACUCCUGUAGGUGGCACCGUGAACGUGAACGAGCUGGUAUCAAGGUCAGUGGGCGCCGGCCACGUGGUUGGUAAGGUGCGUGCAGUGGAUGCAGACUCCGGAUACAAUGCGUGGCUCUCCUACGAGCUAUUGCCAGCUGCAGGUGGCGCUCGCAGUCCAUUUCGCGUGGGGCUAUACACCGGUGAGAUCAGCACCACGCGUGCCCUGGACGAGACAGAUGCGCCACGUCAGCGCCUGUUGGUUCUGGUGAAGGACCACGGUGAACCGGUUUUGAUGGCCACCGCCACAGUGCUGGUAUCUCUGGUGGAGAGCGGUCAGGCGCCAAAGGCCGCCUCACCGAUGUUUGCCAGCUCUGCGGGCCAGGCAGAGUCGCUGGUGGAUGUCAACGUGUAUCUGAUCAUAGCCAUCUGCGCGGUGUCCAGCCUGUUGGUGCUCACGCUGCUACUGUACACAGCGCUGCGGUGCUCGGCUGGGCCCACCGAGAGUGCGUGUGGACCUGGGAAGCCCACGCUGGUGUGCUCCAGCGCGGUGGGGAGCUGGUCAUACUCGCAACAGAGGAGGCAGAGGGUGUGUUCUGGCGAGGACCCGCCCAAGACCGACCUAAUGGCCUUCAGCCCCAGUCUUCCACCAGGACUAGACAGAGAAGAUGAAAAAGGAAGGCAGGAGGCAGGAUCAAAUAAUCCAAUACACGUGAGUUUUCUAAAAAUUCCACCUAUUCAGAAUGUUUAUGUUACAUUAUUUGGAACAUUUGUUCACAGAAAUUUUUAA